UAGAUAAGUGACAGGACUCUUGCUCUAUUAAAUUCAGAGGCUUGCAGGUGUAGGCUAUGGCCACGCCCCAAAUGGCACCUUUAAACGUAGUGCACUAUGUAGGGCGUGAGGUGCUAUUUGGUGACGUUUCUCUGUGGGUCAUGGUUAUUGAGUAAACAACUUAAGUUGUGCAAUUAUUGACCUAAACCGUGAAGCUGUUUCAGCUUGCAGAUAAAUCACAGCUCUGCUUUCCGUUUCUCAGACUCCUCUCACCUUGGAAUUUUCUCCCCCUGCAGGUAGACUAAUAUUGACUUUAGAGUGGCCUAUCAACAUCUGUGGAAGUUAAUCGGCAUCACUGCAUCCAGUCUGCCUGUUUGUAUCGUAUUUUGUUCUCGAAAAAGAUUCUAUAGUAGAGCCAAUCUUUCAUUUUCUCAGGCACGUUCAAUUCGUAGCAGAUUCAUCUUUAGCGAGUCGCGACGGAGAGAUCGGGGUGAGAGGUAUUGCGGUAACUGCGACUGCCUCCACUCUGCGGGCGAGUAGAGGUGGAUAAAGUGAAAGGAGGAGCCGUGCACCUGUUAGACCAGUUAGGGACACAUGACUGCAGAAGAAUUUGCCUGAGUUGGUGUCCUUUGUCGAGAUACAAGACGGGAAGGAUGUCGGAGCCAGCGACGAAUCCUGCGGUGACAGCAUUCCCAGCGCCGACGAUAUCUUUGCCAUUGGGACUACAAAUAUUGAGGACGUACUCCGGUGCUCUGAUCUGCUUGGAAAUUAUAUUUGGAGGGCUAGUAUGGAUCCUGGUGGCCUCCUCCAACGUGCCCGUGCCCCUGCUACAGGGCUGGGUGAUGUUUGUCUCUGUCAGCACGUUCUUCUGUUCCAGCGUGUACCUCCUCCUCUUCCUCCUGGGAUUGGCUGACAGGAUCAACACCGACUGGAACCUGAUGGAUGUGCUGUACCACUUCACAGCACUGCUGUUCUACUUCAGUGCCUUGGUGCUGGAGGCUGCUGUUACGGCUGCCAGAGGGGUCAUCAGGAGUACCAACAGCUCCAUACCAGGAUGUGUAAUGGCCCCUAGUGGAAAUAUACUCACCUUCCUGGACAACAGACAAUACAGUAUUAACGUGGCAGCUACGAUAUUUGCCUUCGUGGUGACACUCUGCUACGCCUGCAGCAUGUUCAUGGGCUUCAGGAGGUGGCAGAUGUGACACGGAAGAAAGAAAACGCACCAUUUACGUUUUUACAGUUCAAACUCCUACCGUGCCGUCAAGACAUUGUCACGUUGUCUGUUUAUUACAUGUGUAUAACAUUAUUAUUUUUUUAAAGAGAACGAAUGUAUCGUGAUAUUUGCAUCAAGUUUAUAUUUGUUGCAAUGAGAUCAAGACAGAACACUUUGUUGUAUCUGUCAUGUAAUAACAGCACACCAGGCGUUAUGGCGAAGCUACCAGAUGUUGUAGUUCACAUGUUAGUGCUUGGUUUCUGAGGCCCGACAUGUUUAGUUGUGUGAUCAAUAGUGUAGAUUUUAUUUAUUAGUAUUUGAUUCCCUGUAAAUUGAAUUAAACUCUGGAUCAGAAGAGACCUAUAACUGAUUAAAUAACAAUAAUGUUAGUUAUAUUUUCCCCUUGUAGAAUGUCUAACUUUUUUAGAGCAACAUGGAAAACUAUGUGAAACAUACCACAUAGGACAAUUAUCAUCAUAAUCACUUAAUGACAUUGUGUGAAUAUCUACUGGAAUAUAUUGAGUAUAUUCUGUGAUUUCUGAAAUGCAUUUUUACAAAUAAAUAACUUUUCUUAUCUUGUCGA